AUGAAGUAUCAUCUUCAAAUGUUUUUAUUUCUCGUCUUGGCCUUUACUGUCUCAAGGUAAGUCGACUUUCUUCCAAUCGAGAGAAUCAGACAUCGCUUCAAAUCAAGCUUAUACUGGAAUAUCUCAAAUUUUCCUGCAAAGUUUUCAUCUACUGAUGCUUUUUUCUUUUUUCCCAGAUCUACCGCAGAUGAUGACUUGGCCCAGUUUGUCCGUACUGUCAUGUCUCUG